AUGAUGCUCAAUCGAUUUUGUUCACAAAUUUUUCCUAAAAUUCAUGAUAAAAUCAAAUGGCUUCAUCUUGAAUCAUCAUCUAUGAAAUAUGUUUUAUGUGCUGCCAAUUAUCCUAAUUUAGAUACUCUCAGCCUUAAUAAUAUUGAUCAAAAGUCAAUUCAAUGUCUUUUUAACGGUGAAGCAUGUUACUAUAAUAAUGAUUAUAAUUGUUAUAAUGGGUUAAUCCUACCACUUCUAUAUCGAAUGUUAAAUUUAGAAGAACUCGAUUUGUAUAUUCCGGUAAAAGUUGAUAAAACAUUUAUUGAUGAAAAUGAUUUGAAGAAAAAUAUUAUUAAUCGUAUGCCACGAUUAAAUCAAUUUAGAUUUUAUAUUCGCUCAAUUAUGAAUAUUCAUAGUGGAAUGGAUUUGCAAUCAAUAGAAGAUAUUCAAUACAGAUUUAUUGAAUUUGCAAAUAAUAACAUAAUUUCUUAUGUUGAUUAUUUUCCAGAAACAAAACAAAGUCGAUAUCAUAUUUAUUCCUAUCCAUCUUUUAUGCCAUAUUAUAGUGAUAUUACAAAUAAUUUUCCAAAUCGAUUAUUUACAUAUGUUCGUGUUGUAUCAUUAUAUGAUGAACAUCCUUUUGAUCAUGAAUUUUUUCUUCAAAUUCAGAAAUCAUUUCCAUUUAUGGAGAAAUUAAAUUUGAUUAAUCAAAAACCACAAAAUCAUAAACAAUCUUACGAAUCAAACAAUAAUAAUAAUCAAAAUUUAUCCAUUAUUGAAUAUUCAUUUCUUAGUAAUCUUGGUAUUAUUCAUGUUCACGAUGAUUAUAUAGAACAAUUUCUAUUUGAUACUAAAACAUAUUUUCGGAAUAAUGUUGUUCUUCAUAUCAAAUAUGAAUGUUUACAACGAGUAACACACAAUUUCAAAAGAGAUACUAUACGAAUUAAUUGUGCUAAAAUAAAUAACUUACUUUUAUAUGGUGAAAGAUAUCAUUCAAAUUCUGCUUUAAAAGAAUAUUUUCCUUUUGCAAAAAUAUGUUAUCCAUCAAUAUUCUGA